CCUUGGUGUCUCCCUAAAUAAAACCAGCCCUCCUUAUCGCCUGGAAAAAAUCAGGAGCUAGAGUUUGAAUGGGUUUUACAUAAACACUCACCCCUGUCAGCGUGCGGCUGGGAUCUCAGGAUAAACUCACAGCGUCUGGCCUGAUGCUUGCCUUGCGUUCUCUUCCCCUGAACAUCAAGGUUUAAGCAGAGCCCGAGGACUGGGAACUCUUCUCUGAAAUUCGAUCGACCUGAAGCCAGUUGCGGAACUGCACAGGGUCCCAAUGGACCUCAAGGAGAGCCCCAGUGAGGGCAGCCUGCAACCUUCUAGCAUCCAGAUCUUUGCCAACACCUCCACCCUCCACGGCAUCCGCCACAUCUUCGUCUAUGGGCCGCUGACCAUCCGGCGUGUGCUUUGGGCAGUGGCCUUCGUGGGCUCUCUGGGCCUGCUGCUGGUGGAGAGCUCGGAGAGGGUGUCCUACUACUUCUCCUACCAGCAUGUCACCAAGGUGGACGAAGUGGUGGCUCAAAGCCUGGUCUUCCCAGCUGUGACCCUCUGUAACCUCAAUGGCUUCCGGUUUUCCAGGCUCACCACCAAUGACCUGUACCACGCUGGGGAGCUGCUGGCCCUGCUGGAUGUCAACCUGCAGAUCCCAGACCCCCAUCUGGCUGACCCCUCCGUGCUGGAGGCCCUGCGGCAGAAGGCCAACUUCAAGCACUACAAACCCAAGCAGUUCAGCAUGCUGGAGUUCCUGCACCGCGUGGGCCAUGACCUGAAGGAUAUGAUGCUCUACUGCAAGUUCAAAGGGCAGGAGUGCGGCCACCAAGACUUCACAACAGUGAGUACUUGGUUUUCAGCUUACUUUGUCUGGUCGUCUGGAGACGUGGUGCGCCGGUGGUCUCCUGCUUGGUUUGGGGUCUCCUUGUGCUUUGGGACAGGAGAGAGAGGAGUGCCUCAGCCGAUGGCCACGAGGGUAAACAGAGAGGAGGUGAAGCAGCCCCAGCUCUGUGUGGCAGAAGGCAAAAUGAAGGGUUUGGGGCUGCAAGACAAUAUUCUAGCUUUCCAAAACAAGGCCUUCCAGCCACGAUUCCAGGCUCAGAGGGGAAUGAGCAGCACAAAUGGCGUCAAAAGACUGAUUCUGAGAGAUGUCCCAGUUUAG